UCCGUGGGGGGCAGUCGCGUCGAUUUCUCCGCGACCGCGCGCACCGGCGAAACUUUUAUCAAUUAAAACUAUCGCAAAACUACACCAAAACAUUCACAAACUACAAAUUAAGAACCAACUUGUUUAACUGUGGUACUGACUAGUGUGAUUUGUGCCAGUGUGCGAUUGCCGGCCACGUGAUUUCAGGUGUUCCACGGUUUUCAAAAUUGACAGUUGUGUUUUUUUUCUUAAUCAAGUCAAAGAUGACAUAAAUUAUUUCAAGAAUUUAGUACAUAGUUUUCAAAAUGACAAGAUAGUACCUACUCAUAGUGCAGUGAUAGUGAGUGUGUGUUUUCAGUGAACAAAAUUAGUGAAGUGGACUCAAACAAAUUCAAAAUGGAAGCUCUAGAGAGAAGGAAGCUGUGGCCGAUUGCCGCUAUAUUGUUCAUCGUGUUUUCUUCACAAUACAAAGGCGCCUGGGCCCACCGCAACUCCACCAAAAUGUCGUACGUGUGCCCGCCGAGCUUCAUCCGCCUCGGCCACAGCUGCUACUACAUCAGCGACAAGAAGGCCACGUGGCAGAACGCCCUCUUCUCUUGUAAGGACCGCGACAGCAACCUUUCAGUACCAGCGCGAUGGGAGGACCGGAACUUGAGGAACUACCUCAAUAAACCCACCGUAGAGAAAGCCAGCCGCUGGAUCGGCGGCAUCUACGACUACAACGCGCGCGCGUGGAAGUGGGGCGGCGAACUGCGCCGCAUGCACUACCAGUCCUUCAGCAAGAUGAAGAAGAUGUCGCCCGAGCAGCUGCAGUGGCACUGCAUCGCCAUGAUGCCCGAGCUCAAGUACAGGUGGGCACCAGCCAGCUGCUACCAGCCGCGCCAGUACAUCUGCCAGACGAAGCUACGCAAGGUCCCCAAGUCCAAAGUGAAGGACCUGCGCCGGCGCUGGCAGCGCAUGGGCAAGCUCAACGAGAUCACGGCGCCCAGCGUCAGCCGCGAGGUCAGCGACCCCAAGACCAAUGACGUCACCAUCAACCCGAUGCUGAGCCCGAAGUCCUACGACCUGCGGCCGAGCCAGCUGCGCCUGAACCCGAACACGAUCCGACCCCCGAAGCCUCACCACCUCAGGCCGAAUGAGCUGAGGAAGCGCUCGCGCCCGACGCACCGUCGGCUCACGAAACCGUUCCCUGGGUACCAAUGGAACCGGCGCGACCCGGAAGCCUCUUACAACUACAACGCCAACCUCCUCAAGUCAGGUAAGACUGGUCUCACGCCGCAGCAGGUCAAGAGCCACCUGGCUCGUCUUCAACACCUGCGUGAUAAGCAACUAGAGCGGCAGAGACGAAUGAAGGAAAAUGGCGACUGGUUGGUCAACGACGAGCCACCUCGCAUGGCCAGAACCCACGCCAGGACUUAUACCGUCGAUAACAACAUCAGUGCUCUUCACCCUAAGACUAUUGUCGAGGAGUUCGAUAUGCUCCCGCCGCCGCCGCCACCUGUCCCGAUAGCGAGAUUGACGCGCGGCGCUUUCAGAGGCUACCGACCUUAAGGUUGCUUUUAGAAAGCAUACGCUGACCGUCGGCGUUGAUGGCCAAAAUGUAUGCUUACUACUAAA